UUUACUUGUGUCCUGCUGUGCUUUCCCUGCUCUGCAUACGUACGGUCGAGCUCUGUCUUUCUAUCGGCACUCUCGAGGGUAUCGUUUGCUGGGAAGACGCCUGGCUGCACCGCCCGCCGUCUGAGCUCUCUGAUUGAAAAUCGCAGCCUGCUGCGGUGCUGUGCAUCAUACAUCAAGUUGCGGUCCCUGUGUGUUGUCAGGAGUGAGGGGCGAGGGUGGGGUGUGGGGGCAUGAUGGCAGCAGCAAGGGCAACAACGAGGGCCAACCGAGCAACAGGGUUCUUGUUCACCGUUGCGCUGGCGGUAUGUUCCUGUGGGGGGGGAGCGCUGGGCUUCGUGGUGCCGGCGUCGUCGUCGGCGUUGACGGCUGCAGCAGCAGCAAAAUCACACCGCGUAGCGGCAGCGGCAGCGGCGACGGUGGCACGCCCGAGACCCCCCUCCCGCCUCUACUCCUCGAAGGAACCGACGGGGUCGGGAGGGGCGACCGACUUCAUGGACAGCAUAGGCGGCGUGGGCCGGGAGCUCUCGACGGAGGAGAAGAUCGCUGCCCUGCAGAAGGAGGUUCAGGCGCAGGCAGCCGCGGUCGCACAAGCAGAGGAAAAAGAGCAGGAUGAGAAGGAGGGUGCGGGGGAAGGGGAGGUAGCGAUACCCGCCUCGAUGUCGGUGGAGAGCGAGGAGGAAGAGGAGGAGAGCUCCGGCGGGGGGGGAUUUUUCUCUAAGGACGAAGAAUUCAGCGCGGAACCGGGGUUUGUCGACGAGGGCAAGAACAUCUUGUGGCCUAACACUCGCCGCGCCGCCCAGCUGACCCUGCUCGCGGUGGUGGCGCAGAUCGCCUUCAUCGUGUACAUCAUUACCCUGAACUCGCUUCUGAACGCCUUCCCGCAGUACUUCCAAAAGUUUGUGGACAUCAUCAAGUCGGGGGACUGGUCACAGGUCCGGUUGCCGGACUUGUGAAUAUAUAUAUAUAUUUUUUUUUUCGUGAUGGCUGUUUGUGCAGUGUGGAGCGGGUCGUGCUCAUGGCUAGCAUGGGACGGAUUGCUCAUUCGUAUUGACCUGGCUUGAGAUUCGCCGCCCUUGUAGAGAGAGUCCUGAUGGCAUGGCUGGUAUUGGGACGGAUUGGUCGUUCGCAACGGCCUGGCUUGGGAUUUGCAGCCCUGCUAGACACAGUGUCCUGAUGGCAUGGAUGAUCCAUAUCUGUCCAUAGAUUGGCUACGGGGGAGCGGGAUGCGGGGAUCGAGUGUACGAGGGAUACACAUAGCCGUGCGUGCCGAAGUAGUUGUUAGACCGUUCAUCCCUUCAAAACCGGGACGGAGUAUGCCGGGUUUUAUCGGACCAGGCUUGUGUACCGGGGGGGCGGGGG